AUGUUACCUGGUGGUAAAGAUGAUAAAUCAGAUGGAAAACCAUCAACAGGAAAAACAACAAAUGAAAAAGGUGGAUUUUUAAAUCGUCUUCGUUCAGGUGUAAGUAUGCUUGUAAAAGAUGAACAAAAUUUACUAUUUGGUGAACGUUCAAAUUAUGAUUAUCUUAUGUAUGAGGAUGUAGACGAUGAUAUUGAUACAGAUGAUUUACAUCGUUAUGCACAAAAAUUACGUGAUUUAGAAGAUAAUGAUAAAGAAGUAAAUCCUGAAUAUCUUGUUUUACGUGAUGGUAAAACAGUUUAUGCUGUACAAGAAACUGAUGUUGAUGGAAAAACAAAAUUAUCAACACGUAAACCAAUUUAUGAUCGUUUUGUUGAUCAAAAACCUGAUGAUGAACCAAUGGAAAAAAAGAAAAUUUUCUCUCGCAUUAAAAGUACAUUUUCUCGAAAUAAAGAUAAAGACAACAAAAGCAUCACUUCACCUAAAUCAACUUAUGACACACCGGAUGCUAAUAGAAAACGAAGCUCAAAGAAGUCAAACAGCAAAUAUACUGAUGAUGGCAUGGCAACAACAGCAAAUACCGAACUGAUAAUGAAUUGA